AUGUCACGCUUAGGCAACUUAAUCAACCAUUGUCGUAACCAAUAUUGUUGUGAUGACUCAAUGAAUUGUUUAAAUAACCAUAAUGAUAUUCUUUUAAAUGGAAUGUGCUCCAAAUGUUGUAAUAUAGAGCAUGUUUUGAACAUGUAUAGAAAUGAAUUACAUCGUUCAUACGAUGAAUAUAAUUGUAAUGUGUGUCCCUUAAAUAGUGACAACCUAACACAUAAAAGGACUGAACAAAUCAGUGAUAACACAUACAUUAAUAGCAUAAAUUAUUCAAAUGAUAUUAUUAAUUCAGACAAUAAAAUUAAAAUUUCUCAGUGUAGCGAAAAUGCUGAUUCAAAUAAAUUUUCUAUGGAUAAAAAGAUAAUUAAAAAUAAUUAUGAUUGCAAUGUACCUUUUUUCUUAAAUUCGUCCAUAUGUACAAAAAAUGUGAAGUUCCCAGAAUUUGAAUGUGCCGAAAAAUAUAAUAAUUACGAGAAUGUGUAUGAUAAAAAUAAAACAAUAUAUCCCAUACAGAAUUAUGAGAGCAAUAAUGAAAUAUUAAAUAUUAAUAAUCCAAACCAUUCGAACAAUUCAAAUAAUUCAUAUAUGGAAUUGUUACAUGAGAAUGGUAAUAAUACCUACUCCUUUAAUAAACGUGGAUAUAAUGAAAUGAAAACACAAAAAAUAUUAACAAGUACAUAUGAUGAGAAGGAUAAUUUAAAAAUAAGUAAAAAAAAGGAAAAAUGUCUAUCAAGUAAUAAUGUAAAUAUUCCAGUAGAAAUAUUUAACAAAUGCAAAAACGCAAAUGAUAAAUCAACAGAAAAAACAAAAACUUUCGAAAUAAAAACCAACAGACCACAUGAUAUUAAGAGCGCAAGUAUAAAUAAUGAUGAUAUAAAAAAUUAUAGAAAUCAAAGAAAAGAAGAAAAGGAUCAGUUAAAAUGUGAAAAAAUAAAGGAAAGAAGUCGUAGCGAAAAUGAAUGUAACCAAAUAAAUGACAUUCGUCCUUAUGAAAAAAAAUUAAAAAGCUACUCAUUAGAUGAUAUACAAAAAGGAAAAGUUGACAUACCACAAAUUAUUUUUAAAAAAUUACCCAUGCAUAUAAAUGCAGAUAACAUAAUUGAAUCAUAUAAAAAUAAUAACAAAUUAUUAAAAUUUAUGGAAGAUUGUAAUAAAUCUACAAGUCUUAUAUUAAAAUAUCCUGAAAUACAAAAAAAAGGAAAACAUAGAAAAGAACAAAAAACGUAUAAAUUACCUUUUGAAUAUUCAUCAUUUAUUAGUAAUAAACUAGGAUCUACUAUUAUAUAUGAAGACAAAUUUGAUAGAAAAAAUUAUCAUCCUCAUGUGAAAAAUUUACAUAUGAGUAAGGAAUUUGAAAAACAUGUUUUUAAUAUAUUAAAGAAUAAAAAAUUAAUGGGAAAAAAAUUAUUUCAUAAAAGUAAUAAAUUUAAAAUGUAUAAUUAUAAUAAUGAAAAUGGAUUUUGGAUUAGUAAUAUUGACAAACAACGCCUAGUAUGUCCAGAAAAAAAUGAUAGUUAUAUUACAGAAUUGAUUUAUGACAAGUGCGAUAAUUAUUAUCAAGAAAUGGAUAUAUUAAAAAAAUGUGAAAAUUAUGAUAAUAUCAUUCCAUCUAUAGAACAAUUUUAUAAAGAUAAUAACUUUUAUUAUUUUCUAAGAAAAGAAAAAAUGUACACUGGUAGUAUACAACCAGUAAUAGCAACAAUAAUGAAAAGAUAUGACUUAAAGCAGGGACAUAUGUGA